CGGGCUGUGGCCACGCGCAGCGAUUCCGCUUAUUACUGUAGCUGCCCGGUGGGCCCUCCCCGCCAUUAUAGGAGGCCGCGCCCUGCCCCAAGCGGUCAGGCCGGUAGUGAGAAGCUUGGACCCCGUCCGAGUAUUGUCUAGCCAUUAACUAUGUCUGACAACGGAGAGCUCGAAGACAAGCCACCAGCUCCACCUGUUCGGAUGAGCAGUACUAUCUUCAGUUCAGGAGGCAAAGAUCCUUUAUCUGCUAAUCAUAGCUUGAAACCUCUGCCUUCUGUACCAGAAGAGAGAAAGCCUAGGAACAAAAUCAUCUCCAUUUUCUCUGGCACUGAAAAAGGGAGUAGGAAAAAGGAAAAAGAGAGACCUGAAAUCUCUCCUCCAUCAGAUUUUGAACAUACUAUUCAUGUUGGCUUUGAUGCUGUUACUGGGGAAUUCACUGGAAUGCCAGAGCAGUGGGCUAGGCUGCUACAGACAUCAAACAUCACAAAGUUAGAACAGAAAAAAAAUCCCCAGGCUGUAUUAGAUGUCUUAAAAUUCUAUGAUUCUAAAGACACAGCAAGACAGAAAUAUUUGAGUUUUUCUGCUACAGAUAAGGAUGGAUUUCUUUCAGGAGCACUAGCACCUAAUGCAAAAAGGUCAGAGCCUUCAAUAGCAACUGAAGAGGAAGAUGAAGAUGAAGUGGCUCCUCCAGUUAUUGCACCACGACCAGAUCAUACAAAAUCGGUUUAUACACGAUCAGUAAUAGAUCCCAUCCCAGCACCAUCUGGUGAUUCAAAUGAGAGUGCUAGAUCAGCUGAUAAACAGAAAAAGAAAACCAAGAUGUCAGAUGAAGAGAUCACAGAAAAAUUACGAACAAUUGUGAGUAUAGGAGAUCCCAAGAAAAAAUAUACCAGAUAUGAAAAAAUAGGACAGGGGGCUUCUGGUACAGUUUUCAUUGCAAUAGAUGUUGCAACAGGACAGGAGGUUGCUAUCAAACAAAUAAAUCUACAGAAACAGCCCAAAAAGGAGUUGAUUAUCAAUGAGAUCUUGGUAAUGAAAGAACUGAAGAACCCAAACAUAGUCAACUUUCUAGACAGUUACCUGGUUGGAGAUGAACUUUUUGUUGUAAUGGAGUAUCUGGCUGGUGGAUCUCUUACAGAUGUAGUUACGGAGACUUGUAUGGAUGAAGCCCAGAUUGCUGCUGUCUGCAGAGAGUGUUUGCAGGCAUUGGAAUUCCUACAUGCCAACCAGGUGAUUCACAGAGAUAUUAAAAGUGACAAUGUGCUAUUGGGAAUGGAUGGUUCAGUUAAGCUGACUGACUUUGGGUUUUGUGCUCAGAUUACUCCAGAGCAAAGCAAACGUAGUACAAUGGUAGGAACACCAUAUUGGAUGGCUCCUGAAGUGGUCACACGGAAGGCUUAUGGCCCUAAAGUGGAUAUCUGGUCUCUCGGUAUUAUGGCUAUUGAAAUGGUUGAAGGAGAACCUCCCUAUCUCAAUGAAAACCCGUUGAGGGCAUUAUAUUUAAUAGCAACUAAUGGCACCCCAGAGCUGCAGAGCCCAGAGAAACUGACUCCAAUAUUCCGUGACUUUUUAAAUAGUUGUUUGGAAAUGGAUGUAGAGAGAAGAGGGUCAGCCAAAGAACUGUUACAGCAUCCUUUCUUGAAACUGGCAAAACCUUUGUCAAGUUUGACGCCAUUGAUUCUAGCAGCCAAAGAAGCCAUGAAGAGUAAUCGCUAGCAUUCUGCUGUGGCCUUCAUCAUUCCUGGUGUUUGUUUGUUUGUUUGUUUUGUUUUUUGUCUAAAUCUUCAUAAUAUACACAUUGUUGCGCUUGUUAGGGAUGUUGAAAGCCUGCAGAAGGGGAAAAAAAUCACCUCAGCUUGAAGAUACAAGAGAAGAAAAAUGGUGAUAAUAGUGAACUUUUCUGUAAGUCUUGAAGAAGUUGUAAACUGAAUCACUGGCCUUUUCACCACUUCUGCAGACAACUCAAAUAUAUUCUGCUGUAUCCGUGAGUUGUUUUUCAGUGACUUUGCUGUAACAGUUCCCACCUGUGCUCUGAUUUGAGUACUUGCAAUACUUGAACAACUGAUUCAAGCUUUUAAAGGGAGGCAUUACUUUAUUCUGUUAACCUUUUUUCACCUUAGGUUUGCUUUGCUAGGCAGUAAUUCAAACUAUGGGAACUUCUGAGUUAUUUAAGACAGAUAGAAAUGUGAAAGUUCCUCUUUCUCCUUUUAAUAUGCAGUUAGGUAUAACCCUUUUGGUGUUAACCAUCCAGAUAGCUGGGGACUGUAAUUAUUCAGUAGCUGUUUUUAAACAAAGAACACAACAUAGGCAGAGUGGAAAAAAAGCGGCUCAGCACAAUUGGAUGUAGAAAUUUAUGCAUGGACUUUGUAAUAUAAGGGAAAGAUGCCUUUGAAUGUUGGAGAUUGAAUGCCUGUUGAGUAAUGCAAAAAGUCUUUAUUUUCUUUUCAGUACUGAAACCAUCCUUUGAGCUUGGGGAGAAAACCCCAAUCCUGUGAAUUGUCUUCCAGUUGUUCCUUGUCUGUAUAGGCUUAUUGGUAACCUUUUAAAGGGAUGUCUUGAAAGUGUAUUGUUUUCUAGCAAAGUGCUUUAUCCAUGUUCUGACUUGGGCUUUGGACUUUAUGCUGGUGCCUUCUGAUUUUUAAAAUUACCCUUCUUUGUAUUAAAUACAUUUUGUAUAUGUUGUACAUUUUCUCUCCAAAGCAGAUUUGGAAUUGUCAGGACUACGUAUUAGAGGUCUCUUUCUUUAUAUAUAUAAAAAUAUAAAUAUAAAUAUAUACAUACUCUUUCUACUAACAAAAGACCCAGCAGGUUUGCAAAAGUAGAAGAUCCAAGACUUUUUAUGUGACUCAGCUGACUAAAGCAUCAGAACACCGGAAGUGCUAUUUUGUACAUAUAAAAAUGGGAGAUAGUAGAAUAACUUAGGUUCAAUAUGAUUGGAAUUGGCUUGUGAAUGACUAGGGAAAUUGAUCCUUUCUCUUGAAAAUCUUUACUAUUGUGAUUAAGGAGAAAAACAAGAUAAAGUGCCUCUCAUGCUAAAAGAAACUAAUUAGAAUAAUAAAGUAAACCAACUUGUGGUUGAUGUGGCAAGAUGUAACUUGGAGAUUCUUAUAUUGCUUAAAUCUAAAAUCACUAUUUUUUUGUACAGCUGACCUUGAUAGAAAAUUUCUGAAUGAUAAUGUGCCAAAUAAUAACAUAAGACAUUAUGUAAUUUGGUGCUUUAGCUUUCCUAGAUGGUAUUUUGGGGAGAGUUUCUUAAAGCCUUAGUUAAGAGGCUGCCUCUUGUAGCUUUUUUUCAUGGUCAGUGAUAAGCCCUUUUUCUAUUGAACAAUAUUCAUACAAGAACAUCAUGACAAAGCUAUUGUAAAAUGGGCCCUGGCCAUGUUCCAGGUUUUGAUCCACUGUGUUACAAAGGGCUCCAAUUCCUUUACACCUUGGAACUUUUUUGCAUUCUGAUUGAUACCAACAAUGCCUUAUUAAUGCAACGAAAAGCAAUGCCACACUCUAGCCUGCAGAUCCAUAUCUUGUCAGAAGUAUUAAUCUGAAAAUUGUCUAACGAAGUAGUCUAUUUAUUUUCAGAAUAUUUUGUAUGUUUUGUUUUGGUCCAAGGAGAUGUGAUGUCCUGGUCUGAGUUGUAUUUUAAGUCCAAUUCUUUCUUUUAAAAAUGGUUUUCAAUAUUAAUACUAUAGAAGUUAAAAUAAUUUUGAUCUUAUAUAGAUAAAUGUGAACCAAAUCAAGACAUUAAAAAUUCCAGUUAAUUUAAUCUUUUUAUUGGGUCUUUUGUCUGUUGCUGGCAAUGGAAUAUGUAGAAAAGAAGGCUCCUGUGGAUAUGUAUGUUUUAGUGUUUUUUAUAAUAGUGUGAAAAGGUUGUUCUCUUCUGAAUGCUUAAAUUCUUAACAUUUAUUGUCACCUUAAUAAAAAUGAAUUUUAGUAAAUAAUGAACUAAAUUUUAAUUGUUUUUCAAAUCAUUUCAAAUUGCUUACAAUUGGAUUAACACAGGAGUUACUGAAAUACAUUGUACACUCUCUUUUUGCCUCAUGGUAUUGCGUACUCCAAAUUAUGUCUGUAUGACAUUCUUUAAAUGUAGCAUGCAGGGUAUAUAAUAAUCUAAUUUUUGUGCCCACUGUUCACUAAAAGGGAUAGAAAUGAAUUGAUGAGAACUUUCCAUUAGAUAAAACACCAGAAAGUUUCUGACCUAUGGUCCAGAGUCCUCCAAUGGGAGGAGAUGGGCGGGGACAAAUUAAAUAAAUAAAUAGUUAUGUUUGUAAUUUGUAUAAUAUGGAUUGAACAUAUAUUACUUGAUUUAUACACAUAAAGGAGCAGUUUUCCUCCUCUUUGAGGUUUGGUUUGAACUUCUGAGCCUAAAAAGCUAAAUGCUGGAGGUUAAUGUAUUUGGAUAGAGGUGAGCACUGAGCAGUACAUUGGAAGAUUCUCGACACCUGACGUUCCUAUUAACUGCUUUAACCGUAUUUCCAGCAAUAAAGUGGAUAAAUAGCUGAUUUAUUCAGUCAUGAGGGACAGAUAUCUGAAACAUAAGUUUUGGUCGACUUAAAAUAUAGAGCCAGAUUAAAUUUUGAGACCGUCCAUUUUAUAUCAUACACAAUACUUGGCAAUUUCCCAAAUCAAAAUACAGUUGUGUGGAAGUUGCUGAAGAGAUGAAGUUUUAAUUGGAUAACUUUAAAUAACUAGUAAUAUCUUUAACAUUAAAAGUGGGAUGACAAAAGUUCAUGAGUGUGUGAGUUCAUAAACAGAACUUACCACUGCCAUUGAAUAACUUAGGUAAAUCAGCUUUUGAAUCUUAAGACAAGACUAUAAUGUAUGUUUGAUGGUGUAAAACUAUAAUGAGAAGGAACAUAUCUCAUUCCAUGGAAGCAGGCUUAUCUGGAAUGAUGAGCUCUCCACCCCCUCAAGAUAUUGAAACAUAGUUAUACAUAGUACAAAGUAAAGCAUGUUUGGUUUGGGUUGGAAUCAUUCACCAUUUGAAAUUACAUCCAGUUGACUUAAUGGUCAUCAUAUGCAUACUCUGGAAAAGUUUGGAGUAAAUUGCUUUUCUGUUAAGUGUUGAAGAAUUUGUUUUUUGUAGCUGGAAUUAAUUUUUUUUUCUUCGUUCUCUUUCUUUGUCAGAGAUGAAAAUAAUGCAAGCUUUUAAUUGUUUUUAAAGCUGUUCUCAUGUUUUGUUCCUUUCUUAUAAUUUAAUCCCAUUCUGUUAUUUAAUGUUACUACAAUAUUAACUAUUGUAUUUUUCUAUGUGUAAUGAUUUUUUCAGGGCUAGAAAUAAACAUUUUUAAAAUGA